AUGGCGGACCCCGGCUUUGUGGUGCCAGAUCUUAUCGAGGAGGCCUCUAAGCUUAGUAUCGACGAUCUUGACACCGACAAGAGUGCUAGCACCAUCUCCCGUUACCAGGAAUUCCCCUAUGCUCACUUUCAUAGCUCUAAGACAAAGCCCGAUCCUGACGGCAUGAACAAGACCAGCCCUGAGUAUCAGGAGGGUGUCAGAAAAGCCAUCAAAGCUCUAGAGGAAAAGUAUCUUGAGGUUUAUCAAGACUACCAGGCUUCUAAGAACGAUCUCAUUCUCCUAAUUGAAGAACACGAGGAGUAUAGCUGGAACGAAUUCAUUCUGGACCCUUCGCGAGUACAUGCACUUUGGCGAAGGGGAAACUGGAGGGCCUCGACACUUUCCCUGGCAUUUGCCAUAAGCACCAUGGGUUUCUAA